CGGAUCGCUGUUUGCAACAGUGAGGGAGAAUCGAAACUCAGGGAACACUGACCAUCACCUGGACAAAUAACCACAGCUUCAGCACACUACAGGUUACACAGAGUGUAUUUAUAGUCGCUAAAUGUAUUUAAAAACGGACCUGCUGUUUCUCGACCGACGCUGACUGAACAGGAAGCAACCCGAUGUCUUGACUGCACUGAGAAGGAUAAAAAGGGUCGCAUGUGGGUUGCCAGAAACGAUACAAAGCUGCUAACUUAAAAGACAUUUUUUUUUACUUCCAUGAUUUUUUUUUACUGUGUAUUGUGGGAAAUUAUCCUUCAAUUUGAAACUGCCGCUGCUGCUCUGACGGCACUGCCUCCACAAUUCAGUUUACCAGCUUAUUUCCACCAACCACCUGUUUUCCGGAUAUCCGAGAUCUUUUUCAGGACUAAUCAUAGAGUAUGGUGAUCCUUUUUGCAUAAGCAGAGGACAUACUUUUGAAAAUAAACAUGAGUAAAAACGUAUCUGAGGUGGAGGACCACAUUUCUCUGAAGUAUGAAAUCAAGAAGAGACUUGGAAAGGGGGCUUAUGGCAUUGUAUGGAAAGCAGUUGACAGACAGACAGGUGAGAUCGUGGCUGUGAAGAAGAUCUUUGACGCCUUCAGGAACAGGACAGAUGCCCAGCGGACAUUCAGGGAAAUCAUGUUCCUUCAGGAGUUUGGAGAUCAUCCCAACAUCGUCAAACUUCUAAAUGUCAUCAGAGCUCAAAAUGAUAAAGACAUUUACCUCAUCUUUGAAUAUAUGGAUACCGACCUGCAUGCAGUGAUAAAGAAAGGCACCCUACUGAAGGACAUCCACAAACGUUAUGUGAUGUACCAGCUCUUCAAAGCCAUCAAAUACCUGCAUUCAGGAAAUGUUAUCCAUAGGGACCAAAAGCCGUCCAACGUGCUGCUGGACACCGACUGUGUAGUCAAGCUGUGUGAUUUUGGCUUGGCCAGAUCUCUCAAUCAGAUCCAAGAGGACAGUGGGAAUCCAGCGCUGACGGAGUACGUGGCGACGCGGUGGUACCGAGCUCCUGAGAUCCUGCUGGGAUCCACGAGGUACACUAAAGGUGUGGACAUGUGGAGCCUUGGCUGUAUCCUGGGAGAGAUGCUGCUGGGAAAAGCCCUGUUUCCCGGGACGUCCACCAUCAACCAAAUAGAGAAGAUCAUGAGUGCCAUCCCACACCCCAGCCCAGAAGAUAUUCUCGCAAUCAAGUCUGAAUAUGGGUCAUCUGUCAUUCAGAGGAUGCUACUGAAACCACAGGUGCCUUUAGAGGAUCUUCUCCAGUCGUCUGUGCCUCCAGAUGCUCUUGAACUGUUGAGAGGUUUGCUAGUUUUCAACCCAGACAAGCGCCUGACUGCAGAACAAGCCCUCCAACACCCAUAUGUAGCCAGGUUUCAUAAUCCAGCCAAAGAGCCAGCGCUUAACUAUGAUGUCGUGCUGCCAGUGGAUGAUGAUGUACAGUUAUCUGUGGUUCAGUACCGCAACAAACUUUAUGAGAUGAUCCUGGAGAGAAGGACUAAUCAGGGGGUGUUAAGGCUGAUCCAGACAAAGGAUGGAAGCUGUGGCACUGAGAAGCCCAGUGUGAAGGAUAAAGCAGAGAAGGGCCCAGCAGCAGUCAACGGGGAUGGUGUCCACGAGCGGGAAACACAACAUGAAAAGACGGAAGAGACGAACCACGUGCCUCCACAUACAGGCGUCACUAAACCUGAGCCUGUUAAUGUAUCAACCCCGCCUGCAGUGGAGAAGACGAGUCCAUUAUCAAGCCCCGGCGUGGGAAAACUCACAUAUAACCCCAUCACACAUGCACCUAAUGCUUUUGUUCGGAGUCCUCAUUACUACUCCUCCACUGCAGCCAGCAGGAGACUGGUGGGGCAGACCAGUAAUGGAGGUGCAACAACAUCACCAACAGAGGGCACUAACAACCAACAACAUGAACUUCUUGCAUUCUCUCCUACUCAUGAUCUUUGUGUGACUCACUCCGUCUCCCCUCCCUACCCUCUGCAGUCCAUGGACCAGAUCCUCCAGCGUGGUCGCUCAGCCCCUGUGGCCCAUAACCGCACCUUCUCCUUGACCUUAAACCAAACCCAAAACAACCCGCUGGUUCGCAAGGAUGAGCCGUCCCUGUCCUCUGGGCUAUACGUUACAUCUGCACGCCUUAACCAGCGCUCCAACUCUCAGGUUCGUGACGCUCGGCCACCGACACGAUUCAGCAAGAAAGUGUUUCAGAGUAACUGUAACGUGGCAGCUGCAGGUGACCCUCGAGCCAAACUUGGCAGCUAUUCCCAGGCCUAUGGUACAAUCAACAAGACUGACCUGGACAACCUGCUUCGAAGCCGCCCUUACAACCAGUAACUGCUGUCAUGAUAGCAGUUAAAUAGUGCCAGGUGGCAUAUGUGUUUGAGCACACAAUAAGGUUUGCCUUGCACUAGGAUUUUAAGCAUGUAGCAAACUGAAAGAGGAACUUGUAAAAAAAGACUGUUACACCUCUUGUAUACAAUGUAGAUUUUAUCUAUGGAGACAUGUCUGCGGCUGUCUCUAAGAAUGAUUAUAUUUGUAAAAAAAACCAGCGUGGCGUCAUAUUCCAUUUUAAAAUUGUACCAGCAAUGAAUGAAAAUAUGUAUAUGUGUGUCUUUUCUUGGACAAGUGUAACUGAAAAGCAUUUCCCACAAAGCUGGAUUGCCAACCUGGCAAGCACCAGACCUUCAGUGGCCCUGAAGGCCCCUUUAGGUCAGUAAGUUUGUGGUAAUUUAGUAAUAUUUUUAGGAAAAAAGUGCAUACCUUUGUAGCACAUUAUCAGCUAAAAUGUUGACUUGUAUGACUAGCUAUCCAUACAGAGACCAUGUAUUAACAUCUACAUGCUAAAUAUUCCUAAAUAUAUUUGUUUUAAUAAAUUAUCACAAACAAGGUCGAUAGGGACUCGCUAUGUGUCAAACCAGCCAUGAUUUCUCAUGUUGAUCUAUGUAGCUAAUGACUGAAUCAAUGGUUUAUGUACAUUAAGCCAGUUGCUUCAGAUGGACACAGAAUAACUGUAAAAUAUUGAAAUAGUUGUUUAAAUUGAUUAUGCAACAAGGAAUUAUUUUUCAUGUGACUACAGCAGUGAUACGCCUACAUAUUCUUCUAAUGUGUACAGAAAGAAAAACAUUCUUCAACCCAGCAGCAAUCCACUAUAAAAUGUAAUAAUAAAUGAGGUGGAAAUACUCAAA